UCAAGAAGCGUUUGGGUUCCGCAGAAACCCUGUCAGUUUGAGAACUACAAGUACCAAGUACGAUCGUCAAGCGUCCGUUUGCAGUACACCGUUCGAUUUGUUUUGGUUUAUGCAGACUGCGCUUUGUAACGGGGAGCCAAGGUCCACCGCGCUACUUUAGCCUGGUCGUUACACAUCUUUGACUCACUGCUGAACCCCGGAACCACACCUCCUCCGAGGUCUGUGUUUCGCCAUUCCCCUAUAGGGCCAUCGCCUGCCUCGUUGCUCCGUUAUUGGACCCAGAAGCUGGCCUGCUAGUUAGCAAACAAGCUAACGAUUGCCAGGUUUCACCCAUGUCCUCUGAAGAAGGGUUGAGCUCAACGAUCACGGAUUGGCUUUUCAUCAAUUCCUGGUGGCUCCUUUUGCCAUUCAUCAUGCUUCUCGUAGUUGCUGCUUUCAUUGUUGCCUUUGUGUUGCUGUUAUACAUGAUAUCGCCUCUUAUUAGUCCCAAACCUCUGAAACUGAACGGGGCCCACGUCGUGGUGACAGGAGGCUCAAGUGGGAUUGGGAAAUGCAUUGCAGUUGAGUGCUACAGACAAGGAGCAUUCAUCACGUUGGUGGCACGGGAUGAGGCUAAAUUGCUUCAAGCAAAGAAAGAGUUGGAGAAAUUUGCCAUCAAUGACAAACAGGUGGUGCUUUGCAUAUCAGUGGAUGUUUCCAGUGACUAUAGCCAGGUGGAAAGCGUGAUAAAACAGGCUCAAGAGAAGCUGGGUCCUGUUGAUAUGUUAGUGAACUGUGCUGGAUUAUCCGUUUCUGGGAAGUUUGAGGACAUGGAAGUGGACCGUUUCAAAAAACUGAUGGAAGUGAAUUACCUGGGCAGCGUUUACCCAACACGGGCAGUCAUAACCACCAUGAAGGAGCGAAGAAUGGGCCGCAUCAUGUUCGUGUCCUCCCAAGCAGGCCAGAUCGGCUUGUUUGGAUACACUGCCUACUCCCCAUCCAAGUUUGCCCUGCGGGGUUUAGCAGAGUCGCUGCAGAUGGAGAUAAAGCCCUACAAUAUCUAUGUGACUGUGGCCUACCCCCCUGACACUGACACUCCAGGACUGGCUGAGGAAAAUAAGACAAAGCCUCUAGAGACCAAAUUAAUCUCUGAAACCUCUGGAGUUUGUCAACCAGACCAAGUGGCCAAAAUCAUUGUUCGGGAUGCAGUGCAGGGCAACUUCAACAGCUCUGUGGGACCCGAUGGCUACAUGCUAUCAGCCCUCACCUGUGGAAUGUCACCUGUUACCUCCAUCACAGAAGGUCUCCAGCAGAUUGUUACUAUGGGGUUAUUCCGGACCAUCGCCCUCUUCUACCUGGGGAGUUUUGACAGCAUUGUGCGCCGCUGCAUGAUUCAGAGGGAGCAGCCGAAAGUAGCUGACAAGAGGGAGUAGAGCAGCCUUACCUUCUUCACAGCCCAAUGCCCCUCCUCCUCCACACACACCCCUCCCAUCCCCUCCUCCAGCUGUACAAGUGCACAACAAUAGGUGGGGAAAGGCCAGACUUUGAGUGUACUUCUGAAAUAAGCAGAUGGGAUUAAAGAAAGUGGCAGAUGUUUACUCUUUGCUUGUCCAGUGAUGUAACUCCUCAAUAGACUUCAGUCAUUUUGAUUUGUCUAUCCUCUCAGAGCAUUCCAGUGACUUUUCAGUUUAAUGUGUCCACCUGCUUCUUUGCUGGCAGCAGCCUUACUUUAAGGGAAUGGGGGCAAACUAAACAUCCCACAGACUGUUUUUAAAGUAGGUAGGCUUUGUGAACCAUUGACUAGAUGUCAGGCCUCCACUUGCACAGUGCUGUUUUUUGUUUGUUUUUCGCACAAAGAGGAAAACCAACAGACCGUCUGUCUGACUGGUUGUGCCAAAUGAAUAUGAAACUCCCUCCCACCAGGGGCUAUAGUGAAAACCACAAUGGUAACUUCCAGCAUUUAUCAUUUUGUUUCAUGUUUUUUACAAAGGUAGGUUCAACUUGUAGGAAUUUCCCAGUUUUCACUAAAGAAGGCCCUUCUCUACCUUUUCAUACCACGUCUUUGCAGGCAAAGCACCUUCCCUUUUCACUGAAUAACCUCUGUGUUUGAAACCUGUUGUGACCCUCUGUGUUUUGUUUAUGUUGUGGGGUGUUUUGUUGUUGUGCUCUGUGUGUGAACCAAGCCUAGAUGUGAGACAAGAGUACUCUUCAGCGAUAUCAGAGAGAGGGCAUGUGUGGUGUUGUGUUUUCUAUACUAAUGCAGAAACAUCAUUUCCAGAAAAUAAUAAUAUUCAAAGUGUGUGUGUGUGUGUGUGUGUGUGUGUGUGUGUGUGUGUGUGUGUGUGUGUGUGUGUGUGUGUGUGUGUGUGUGUGUGUGUGUGUGUGUGUGUGUGUGUGUGUGUGUGUGUGUGUGUGUGUGUGGUGACUGAGCCAAACCCCUGGGGAGAAAAAAGCCAUUCGAUUUUAUCGUCUCGGGAAUAAACACACCAAAUUAA